AUUGUGCUGCGGGCGCAUCUUUCGGAGGAGUGCGGCUUCGGCGUCCUAGUUUUCGGUGGUGGUCGCAAACGUGUUUCGGGGUUACCGAUGGCUGAGAAACCGCUGCGCCUCUUGGCUUGUGGAGAUGUUGAAGGAAAGUUUGAUGUUUUAUUCAAUAGAGUUCGAGCAAUUCAGAAGAAAAGUGGAAACUUUGACCUGCUGUUGUGUGUAGGAAAUUUCUUUGGCUCUGCUCCAGAUGCUGAAUGGGAGGAAUAUAAAACUGGCAUCAAAAAAGCUCCUAUUCAGACAUAUGUGCUGGGUGCCAAUAACCAGGAGACAGUAAAGUAUUUCCAAGAUGCUGAUGGGUGUGAAUUAGCUGAAAACAUUACUUACCUAGGUCGGAAAGGUGUCUUUACUGGAAGCUCGGGGCUGCAGAUUGUGUACCUGAGCGGAACAGAGUCCUCAAAUGAGCCCGUUCCAGGUUACAGUUUCAGUCCCAAGGAUGUGUCUUCUCUGAGAACAAUGCUGUGUGCCAUACCCCAGUUUAAGGGUGUUGAUAUCUUGCUCACCUCCCCUUGGCCCAAGUAUGUGGGGAACUUUGGGAAUUCUUCUGGAGAAGUAGAUACCAAAAAAUGUGGCUCUGCUUUGGUCUCCAGUCUUGCCACAGGCUUGAAACCAAGAUACCAUUUUGCUGCUUUGGAAAAGACAUACUAUGAAAGGCUUCCAUAUCGAAACCACAUCGUUCUGCAAGAAAAUGCACAGCAUGCAACCAGGUUCAUAGCUUUGGCAAAUGUUGGAAAUCCAGAAAAGAAAAAGUACCUUUAUGCAUUUAGUAUUGUCCCCAUGAAACUAAUGGAUGCCGCAGAACUGGUAAAACAGCCUCCAGAUGUCACUGAAAACCCUUACAGAAAAUCUGGGAAGGAAGCAUUUGUGGGAAGACAAACUCCUGCCCCCGAGGAAGAGUCAGCCUGUCAAUUUUUCUUUGACUUAAAUGAAAGGCAGGGGAGGAAGCGUUCAUCCACAGGCAGAGAGAGCAAGUCUUCCCCUCACCCAAAGCAGCCUCGCAAACCUCCUCAGCCUCCAGGACCCUGCUGGUUUUGCCUUGCCAGCCCUGAAGUGGAAAAGCAUUUGGUGGUCAACAUUGGCACACACUGCUACCUUGCCCUGGCCAAAGGAGGCCUGUCUGAUGACCAUGUCCUUAUCCUGCCCAUUGGACACUACCAGUCAGUGGUGGACCUUUCAGCAGAGGUGGUGGAAGAGGUGGAGAAAUACAAAGCUACACUGAGGAGGUUCUUUAAGAGCCGAGGGAAACGGUGUAUUCUAUUUGAGAGAAAUUAUAAGAGCCAUCACCUCCAGCUCCAGGUCAUUCCUGUGCCACUCAGCCGCUGCGCCACUGAUGACAUUAAGGACGCCUUCAUUACCCAGGCACAGGAGCAACAGAUAGAAUUGCUGGAGAUCCCAGAGCACUCUGACAUCAAGCAGAUUGCACAGCCAGGAGCAGCAUACUUUUAUGUUGAACUUGACACAGGAGAGAAGCUUUUCCACAGAAUUAAAAAGAAUUUUCCUUUGCAGUUUGGAAGGGAGGUCCUGGCAAGUGAAGCCAUCCUCAAUAUUCCUGACAAGUCUGACUGGCGGCAGUGCCAGACCAGUAAGGAAGAGGAGGAGGCCCUGGCUCGCCGCUUCCGGAAAGACUUUGAGCCCUUUGACUUCACUGUGGAUGAGUGAAGUUUUUUAAAGAAAUUACAGUCUCCUGUGGGGACUGUUUUCCUGCCUCUUUUUGGUACAUUCCCAUGGAACCUGUCUGCACCAAGAGGCCUAAAGCUGAAUGUUUUUCAGAAAAAGUCACAUUCUAGGAUGGAAAUCCUACGUUAAAAGCAUGUUUGUCAUCUAGCUCCUAGUAUCGCUUUUGUUUAUCCACAUUUUCAAAAACAUUUAAAUUAUCAAAUAAAAUCUACAUGCUUUUCCAUG